UUUCUCAACUCUCACCUAAACCGAAAGAACUCUUUCCCCCAAUUUUGUACCUUUUCCUAAGAUUUAGGGUUUCAGAGAAAAAUGGCUGACGAAUCCGGAAGCACCGUGACGGCAGCGAGUGGCGGCGAUUCAUUGCUUGAAAAGAUCACCGAGAAGCUUCACUUUGACGAAUCAUCCUCCGAUUCCGAUUCCGAUUCCGAUUCUCAUUCCGAAUCUGUUAAACCGGCUGCUUCGUCUGUUAAGGACAAGGUUUUUCGCCUUUUUGGAAGGGAGAAGCCCGUUCAUUCCGUUCUCGGCGGCGGAAAGUCUGCUGAUGUCUUCUUAUGGAAGAACAAGAAGAUAUCUGCUGGUGCACUCGGUGUAGCAACUGCUAUUUGGGUGUUUUUUGAGCUGCUUGAGUAUCACUUUCUUACGCUCAUUUGUCACAGUUCGAUUUUGGUUCUUGCACUAUUGUUCUUGUGGUCCAAUGCUCAUACAUUUAUUCACAAGACUCCACCUCACAUCCCGGUAGUUCAUAUUCCUGAGGAACCAUUUCUGGAGUUUGCAGCUGUAUUGAGAAUUGAAAUUAACAGAGGAUUUUCUGCCUUGCGUGAUAUUGGUUCUGGAAGAGAUUUGAAGAAAUUCCUCGGUGUUGUUGUUAGCUUGUGGAUUCUAUCAAAAUUGGGAAACUCGGCCAAUUUCUUGACCUUGUUCUACAUAAUCUUUGUUCUGUUGCACACGGUUCCUUUCUUUUAUGAUAAGUUUGAGGACAAGGUAGACCCUCUGGCCGAAAAGGCGUUCAUCGAGAUUAAAAAGCAGUAUGCAGUGUUUGAUGAAAAGGUCUUGAGUAAGGCCUUGAGUAAGAUCCCAAGUUCAUUGAAAGGCAAGUUAGCUUAGUGCUUAAGAAUCUAUCUUCCUGAUAGAAGAAAAAAGAAGUUUCUCUUGAAUGCCUUUGAAUGCCAUUAUACAGAGCCUUGUUUUGUAGUUUUUUUUAUAGGCGGGUAUUGAUACUCGAGCCGAUGCUGUUUAAAAUUUUGCAUAUGGAUUUUAUUGGCUGCACUAUUCUGACAUCAGUUUAAUUUAUUAACUGCUGCUGUAGUUUUAAAAAAAAAUAUGUAUGCUAAAAGUUUUUGGUUUUUCAUG